AUGGCAAGAACUCCAGCUCCAAGAGUCAUCUUCGUUCGUCAUGGCCAAACUGAGUGGUCCAAAUCAGGACAAUAUACGUCACAUACGGACUUGCCAUUGACCCCAUUUGGUGUCAAACAGAUGGACGCUACUGGAAAAUCUUUGGUAGGCAACUCAAAUACUAAUCUUAUUCAACCGAGAAAUCUUAAGCUGGUUAUUACAUCUCCCAGAAAGAGAGCUAUCCAAACUAAGGAUCUGCUUCUGGGUGCUCUCUCCCCUGAAACCAAAGCUCGUAUCCCUCACCAAAUAAGUGAGGAUAUCAGAGAAUGGGAAUAUGGUGACUAUGAAGGCUUAAAAACUAAAGAAAUAUAUGCGCUGAGAAAAUCUAGAGGAUUGGAUCAAGAUGGACACAUUUGGCAAAUCUGGCCCGAUGGAUGUGAGAAUGGUGAAACUUUUGAGCAAGUAACUGAGAGAAUUGACAAUCUUAUUAAAGAGAUUAGAAAAAUUCACAAGAAAGCAUUGGACAAUAAUGAGCACUGUGAUAUAUUAGUUGUUGCACAUGGCCAUAUUCUUAGAUGCUUUGCUGCAAGAUGGUGUGGACAUCCAAUCAAUAAGAACCCCCAAUUUGUUCUCGAUGCUGGUGGAGUUGGAGUUUUGUCUUAUCAACAUCACAACGUUGAAGAGCCUGCCUUACAACUAGCUGGAGCUUUUGUGGUUCCUGUUGAGGAAGCUGAAGCUGAUAGAGCGUAA